AUGCUGGACGAAUUGCUGGAGCUUGAAAUUGCAUACAGCAUUCUGAAAACUGACAAUGAUGCUGACCGGAAACGGGAUCCAAUCGAUGUUCAUUAUGAAAAACUCCAUGCGCAGCUCGAGGUGGUGGAUGAAAAAUCGGAUGAAUGGAAGCUUAUCCAGAAAUACGUUGCAAAUACUCAUGCACCAACGCAUACGCUUUAUAAGCUUGAAGUUGUUGAUAUUAUUCGAGUAAAACGUGAAGGUGAAAAUGAACGAUUUCGAAAAGAUAUCUUAAACCGAUACUUGCUGUGGCAUGGUUCACGGAUAACGAAUUAUGCGGGCAUUCUGUCGCAGGGAUUGCGAAUUGCACCACCGGAAGCGCCAACAGGGUACAUGUUUGGCAAAGGAAUAUAUUUCGCUGAUAUGGUCACAAAGUCGGCGAACUACUGCUAUGCUCUUAACAAAGAAGGAUUCAUUUUAUUGUGUGAGGUGGCACUGGGUGAAAUUCAGGAAGAGAUCCAGGCGAAAUCAAUCAGGAAGCCAAAAAAUGGAAAACACAGCGUUAAAGGCAUUGGACAGACGGUUCCAGACCCAAAGGAGAACUUUAUAACGGAAGAUGGUGUUACAGUUCCGCUUGGUAAACCUAUUCAAACGGGACGAGAUGACCUCGCGCUACUCUACAACGAGUUCGUUUUUUAUGAUUUUUUGCUGUGCGGCGCUAUAGCGCUGCUACAGUCAACAAAAACGCGUAUUGUCGAAAGGUAUAUAGUGUAUGAUGUCGCACAAGUUGAAAUCAAAUACCUGGUCCGCGCCAAAUUUAAUGCUCAGUUUUGA